AUGGGGUCUGUAACAGAUGACGAAGUCAUUCGAAAGCGUCUUCUUAUCGAUGGCGACGGAGCUGGGGAUGAUCGAAGAAUCAAUUUGUUGUUAAAAACCUUUACCAAGUGGUGCAACUCGCCUGGGACUCCGGACGAAAGUUUCACACAGUAUCAGAGGAUGCUAGGUACAUUGGCUCAAUGUGAAUUCUCACUGGGAAAGACCCAGAUGGUCUACGAUAUGAAUCUGAGAGAAAUGGAGAAUUAUGGGAAAAUCUACUCUAAUAUAGAACAAAAUAUAACUUCAGCUCAUGAGAAGAUAGCAGAAUGCAAAAAAGAAAUCCAGAGGGCAAAAAGAGUAAGAAAGAACCGCCAAGAAUAUGACGCUCUUGCAAAGGUUAUUCAGCAUCACCCUAAUCGUCAUGAAACACUCAAACAAUUGGAAGCACUAGACAAAGAACUCCAACAGUUGUCCAAAAUCAAAGAGAAUGUGGAUGCAAAGCUGGAACUACGGAAGAAACAGUUCCACGUACUCCUCAGUACCAUACAGGAACUACAACAGACCCUGGAAAACGACGAGAAAUUGGACACCGAUGAAAACAAUCAGCAGAGUCCACCAGAGAGCACCGAAUGA